AUUACAGCACUGCUGUACAUUGAUUUAGAAGGUUAUAUUGCCGUGCUUCGUCGUUAUCGUGUGAGUAUGCAACGCAUUUACGCUUUGGAAAUGCAAAAAUUUUUUAAACACGUGCGGACGCAUGUGAAGAAGGUUGGCUCCCGUGGCCCGUUUCUUCUUGGCACACGGGAUUAUUCCAUGGAUGAGGCACUUAACAGCCGCAUGGAGACAACAACAAUAACAACAGCAGCAGGGGGAGAGACGCCGCGACGAUUGUGGGGCGUUGGUAGCAGCGUGGCUUCCACACCAGCUGCAAGUUGGACACUCACACCACAUACUGGCGAGGGAGAUGGUGGCGAAGAUGGAACAUUAUGCCUUGAGUUGCCUACAGCUCGAGAAGAAGGGUUGCGACUUUACGAUGUGGCGAACGUCCGUGCAGAUGCUGCCACUUCUGCCGCUACUCCUGGGGCAACUCCCAAUGCUAUUCCUGCUGCUGCCACUUCUUAUUCUUUCACUUCCUUGGCAUCUGGAUGGACGGGCACUUUUGCUGGUAAACUCCGGCCCGAUUUAGCUCUUGCUAUGGUGCUUGAGACCACGUUUUCUGUUGUUCUAAAGGAGAAGGAAACUUUACAGCAGUGUUUUGGGAUUAUAGAGAAGGCCCCAACGGAGGAUGACACGAGUGGUUUAUCAAGACCCCUCGAUGAUGAUCAUUUGCCGGCAUGUGAGGAAAAUGCAGCGAAGUUAUUGAACGAGUCCUUGCUGGAGUUGUUUGGUGGCGACAAGUUAGUGCAGUUUCCGCCCAGCAAAGCGGGCGCUUCUUCUUCUUCUUAUUCCUGGCGGCAAGAUGGCGAUGUGGGAUUGAUUGGUGUAAACAACAACAACAAACAGAGUUGCAGUAGUGCUAGCGGGAAUAAUGCCGUACAGACAGAAAAGGGAUGUUAUUUAUUAAGACAACUUGUGGGAAUUGCAGAGUACUGCGGGGAAAAGUGUGAUCGACUGUAUGCCGUACCGGUUAUGGCCAUGCUGGGUGCAUAUCGUCGUGACGGGACCCCGACUGCAGAAAGUUCCUUCUGCCAGAUGUUGCUUCAGGCUCUGGAGCAUGUCGUCUCUUCUACCAUUUCAAGGAGCAUCGCGGAGCAAACCACCUCUAUUGCCACCUGUCGAAAGCGUCACGUGGUGGACCCCCGCGGGAUGUUAAGUUGCUUUACAAAACUGCCUGUUUUUAUACACCACAUGGAGACCGUACAUAACGCCCUGCCACCUGCCGUCUGUAACCGCAGCAAGUAUGCAUCGAUUACUCUGAGUUUUGUGGAUCAGACAUUUGAGGCACUUAAUUACAUCACAAACUUUGGCGGCACAGAGCCACGCAGGGAGAAGAAGUUAAGUUUUGUUGAGUCCAUUGAAAAACGGGCGAGUAGUUGGCUUGGGGGCCUUGACAACAACCCCGUCAAACGUGGUAUUAUUCAACAAUACCGCCACCAUGCAUUUUUCUGUACCUUUUAUACCUCCUUGCCAUCCACCGCGUACGCUGUAGAGCUCUUACGGGAGCGAUACGAGUCGUCACGAAGACUACGGGAUCAUUACGAGGAGGUUUACCUCACUCGUAUUCUACUUGUGAAGGACUUUCCAGAGUUUGGCAACUUUGCGCUUGUCGCCGAGGACCUCGCCCAGUCUCACUCACGCGAGGAGCUGCGGCACCAUAACGCUCUCUCCGUUGAGGCCAUGGGCCGUAUUCUACAAUGUUUACCGCGGGAGGUGCGUAGCGGCAUUUCUUCCAGCUCUCGUCGCAUGAAAAAACAUUUUCUUCGCGAUGUUGCGGAUCGAAAGGAGGAAAAAUUGUUUCAUUGCGCACUUCUGCAGCAUGUCUGGCAGCAUUUCUCCACAUUACUCCUGCAGAAGAUUGAAUUCUUGGAGACAUUGCUUCGUUGGCCUCUGUAUGCGGGAAUGGAAAUGACCAUCACGCGAGCCGAGGUGCUGUCGCUCCUGCAGGCGGCCUGA